GGGCGUCUGGCCGGUUUGCGGUACGAGAUGGCGGCGCCCGGAGCGGAGCCCGACACCGAGCUGGAGGAGCUGCUGGCGAGUGAGCAGCCGGGCCGGGCGGGCGGUGGGUGGGCCGGGGUCUUCCCGUCCGCCCGUCCGAGCCCGCUGCGCUCUCUCCCUGCAGGCGCCCUGGAGGACUUCGAGAGAGCCGCGCCGGCGCCCGGGGAGCCCGCCGAAGGAGGAGGAGGAGGAGGAGGCGGCGAGGGGGUGGCGGAGCCGGCGGGGGAGGCGCAGGGCCGCCUGCUGGCCGCGCAGGAGACCUUCUUCCAGGAGCUCUUCGAGGGCGAGCUGGCGUCGCAGGCGAGCGCCGAGUUCGAGCGGGCCAUGGAGGAGCUGGCGGCCGAGGAGCCGCUGCUGGUGCAGCAGUUCCAGAAACUCUCGGCGGCCGCGGGCAGAGUCGGGAGCGACCCCGCGUCCCGCCAGGAGUUCACCUCCUGCCUGAAGGAGACCCUCAGCGGGCUGGCCAGGAACGCCGACGGGCUGCAGAGCUCCGGGGUGUCGGAGGAGGAGCUGAGCAGGACGAUGGAGGGGCUCGGCCUGGAGGAGGGGGACGGCGGGGAAGGCAGCCUCUGGCCCAUCAUGCACAGCAUCAUGCAGAACCUGCUCUCCAAGGACGUGCUCUACCCCUCCCUCAAGGAGAUCACCGAGAAAUACCCCGAGUGGCUCCAGAGACAUCGAGACACCUUGCCCAAGGAGCAGUACGAGAAGUACCAGGAACAGCACAGGAUCAUGGGAAGGAUUUGCGAGCACUUCGAGGCUGAGCAGCCCACAGACGGUGACCCGGAGCACAGGGCCCGCUUUGAAACCAUCUUGGACCUGAUGCAGCAGCUGCAGGACCUGGGACAUCCUCCCAAGGAGCUGGCUGGAGAAUCGCCUCCUGGCCUGAACUUUGACCUCGAAGGACUGAAUCUGCCUGAUGCUGGAGGCGCUGGAGGCGAGCAGUGCCAGAUCAUGUGACCUGCUCCCGUGCCAGGGAGACUUGAGGAGAUGGGAGGGCGCUGUGGUGGGUCGAGGUGUUUGUGUCUUUUUUCCCCUAUUUUCUGUCAUUACCAGGUGCCUGAGGCUGGCUGCCUUUGCUAAACCCAGCAGAUGAUUUUGCAGGGAUCCCACAAGGGACUUAGCAAGCCAGAGUAAUGAUGCCCUGAGAUCAGGUGGCCCAUCUUUGCCUUUUGACUCUGAAGAGACGAAUCGCACUUGAAGGCCCCAUGAAGGCCGAGGGAGGAGGCGGUGGCUCAUGAGAAACCUCUGGGUGAAGGGAGACCUCCUGCACCCACUUCCGAAGGCCCAGCUCUGCUGCUCUCCUCAGGCAGCUCUGGUUGCGACCCCCAGUUCAGCGUUUGGUCACGGUCUCUGGAUCAGGGAGGCUGAGGGCCCCUUUCGAUGAUGCCAGGCAAGCUGACCAGCUUCCUGGACUCGCGCACGACAGCAUGAGGCUCUUUUUUUUGCCAUAGCCCCAAGUAUUAACACCACCCACCCACCCCACAUUAGUGCUACUGCUUUGUGAGAACUGCCUGGGGAGAUAGCUAGGAAGCAGGCUGCCUCUGCCCGCUGGCCACAGGGGCGUUUCCUUUCUGCUAGCAGCUGAUGGUGCAGGAGGAGAGCCGCCCUCCUUGGCCGAGUCUGGCCAAACUGAAUGAGAAGGGCAAUUUUUGAAAUAAAGGUGGAGGUUGAUGGUU